AUGGCGUCCGAAGAAUGCAGCAGGAAGGAGGACAAGCACGCCAACUUUCAUCGCGCGUCCAGGCGACUUGUGACGGUGGAACCAAUCCUGAUCUUUAUCGACUGCGUCCAGGGAGCUCUUGUUACUCUACGGUCCCAGUACAUCGAGCAUCGGCUAGCUGAUGAUAGCAACUAUACCUUACCGAGCGGCCGCAAUAGUUGCGCCACCCAGGACGAGACCGACAGGCACAUUGAGGAUGAGACAGCGAUUUGGGUGACAUGGAUGAAGGAUAUGUCGGUCUUCCCGCCGAUCGUGGUGGCUCUGGUGCUGGGCGCGGCCAGCGAUUUCGUCGGCAGGAGACCCAUGUUCAUCAUCAACGCCUCGGGGCACUUCUUGGGGUCGGUCCUGUUCCUGUGUGUCGCCAUCUUCAAGCUACCGCUACCGUUGCUCAUCGUUGGAGAGCUCAUGUUGGGUUUGGCUGGGGAUGCCGUCUUCACUGCCAUCAUCGCCCAAGCUUACGUGGCCGAUAUCUACUCGGGUAAAGCCCGUACCUACCGGCUGGUCCUCUUAGAUGGCAUCAUUCAGUUAUCUUUUGGCAUUAGCCAGUUCGUCAUUGGAGAAAUCCUGCAGACAUCAGGCAUCAAUUUCAUCCUCGUCUAUUCUAUAACUGUUGGAAUAGCUCUAGCUAAUCUGCUGUACACCAUCAACCCGUUCUUCGUGCUGGAGACAGUCAAGCGGAGACCGUUCCCUCGAGGGGUACUGAAGGACCUCGUCUUCAACGUCUUGUCCCUCUUCGGUGCUUCUCACGCUGGCCGUAGGUGGCGCCUGGUACUCUUCCUUGCCGUCGCCUCUCUCUGGACAUUAGUCUUCGGCGGUGCAGGAGGAAAUAUCACUAUCUACGGAUUGUCGCCUCCUUUUUGUUGGACACCUCAGAUUGUGGGAGCCUAUGGCGCCCUCAUCAACGGGUUGACGGCAACAGUCGCCAUCGUUGCGGUACCAGUGCUGCGCAUGUGCAUGUCGUCAUACUGGAUGGUAUACAUCGGCUUCGUGUCGGGUAUCGGGUAUUUGAUCACCACGGCACUAGCACCUACAACACUCUGGCUGGCCUUUAUAGCGCCGGUAAUCGGUAUGUUUUACCUGAUGCCCCUACCGAUUGUGAAAGCCAAAAUUUCCGAACAAGUUGAUGACAAAGAGCAAGGGGCAGUUUUUGGAUGCUUAGCCGUUGCAAUCAGCUUAGCUCGAUUCAUUUCGCCCAUACUACUCAACGGUGUGCUCCAGCUUGAGGUAAAGAAGAAACACAACUCCCAGCCUACGGUCACAUACUACAUGGCAGCCGGGAUACUCAUCCUGCCCAUUAUUAUCAAUUUGAUUCUUCACAUUUUCCAGCCAAAGGAAAACGGCUACAAGAACCUGGACGACGACAGAGACAUCUGCACAUCUGCUUACGAGGACGAGGUUGACGCCUGCGCAGACCAGCCAACCGAAUGCAUCAACAGCCAAUAAGAUAAAAAAAGAUCCCUAGAUGACUUUGGUCAGUUCUCAAUCUCAGGCCUCGUCUCCGGGUUCAGCUUGUAUCUCCAAGGCACCAGAACCAUUAAUUUUGAUAAUCUUUAAUUUUUGAAACCUUAAAAAACAAACCUGUUUCAUAAGAAAUAUUUUUAUGUUCCUGUAUAUCAAACAUAUGAAGGGGCGAAGGCUGGAUGAAAAUGCGGCACCCAGGGAUCUGCGGUGAAAAGCGGAGCUUGGAAAUAUGAUAAACGGUUUAAAUCUUGUAUGGUACAUUUCUGUAAUAAGGCUUUUAAUUUGUGUUGCCAUCUGCGUACAAAUAUAAAACAUAUCCGCCUUACGAGUGGACUCCUUAUACUUGAUGCUAAAAGGCGGGGUGGAACCAGUGUAUAUACCCU